GCUACCAAUUUCCUAACAAUCAUAUCCCAUAGCCAAACAUUAUAUUGUGUGCAAAUACAUUUACAAUGGAGUUGCAUCACCAAUAUUAUUUCUUCACACUUUUCUCUGUAAUUUUUGUGGCAAGUCAUGCAGCAAAUUUAUCUCCUGAGGUGUAUUGGAGAGUCAAAUUGCCUAAUACUCCCAUGCCCACACCUAUCAAAGAUGCACUACACAUUUCUGAGAACGAGCUUCAGAAAGUACGCCAACCAUUUGGAGUGGGUAGAUGGUACAAUGAUGCCUCCGAGAACGAGCUUCACAAAGUACGCCAACCAUUUGGAGUGUUUGGAUGGUAUCAGGCUGCCUCCGAGAAUGAGCUUCACAAAGUACGUCAACCAUAUGGAGUGUUUGGAUGGUAAAAUGAUGCUGCUAAGAAAGAUCUUAAUGACAAUCACCCAGUGACGCCAUACUUCUUUGAAACAGAUUUACAUCAAGGGAAAAAAAUGAAUCUUCAGUCUCUCAAAAACUACAAUCCAGCACCCAUUUUGCCACGCAAAGUUGUAGAUUCCAUCGCUUUCUCAUCGGACAAAAUUGAGGAAAUUCUUAAUCACUUCUCUGUUGAUAAGGACUCAGAACGUGCUAAAGACAUCAAGAAAACAAUCAAAACGUGUGAAGAGCCUGCGGGUAACGGAGAGGUAAAACAUUGUGCCACUUCUUUGGAAUCUAUGAUUGAUUUCACCUUAUCUCACCUGGGAACAAACAAUAUUAUAGCAAUGUCCACUGAAGUAGAGAAGGAAACUCCAGAGGUGCAAGCAUAUACCAUCGAAAAAGUGGAAGAGAAAGCAAAUGGCAAAGGUGUUGUAUGUCACAAAGUAGCUUACCCAUAUGCAGUACACUUUUGCCAUGAUGUAGGAAGCACUAGGACAUUUAUGGUGUCUAUGGUGGGUGCUGAUGGAACAAAAGUUAAUGCAGUAUCAGUCUGCCAUGAGGAUACUGCAUCCAUGAACCCUAAGGCAUUGCCUUUUCAGUUGCUCAACGUUAAGCCUGGAGACAAGCCUAUUUGCCAUUUCACUUUGGACGAUCAAAUUGCCCUGUUUCCUUCUCAAAACGCAGUUCUUCAAGUGGCUGAAAACUAACAUGAAGAACGUUCAGUCAUUACCUGCUCCUUUGUUGCAAUAGUCCCAAUGCUUCAUCUGAAAAUGUAUCUCCCUGAUGUAAAUACUGUUUAUUGCAAUGUUUUGUGUAAUAAUGCUUGCCCUGAUGCAAGUACUGUUUAACUGUGUUAAUCACAGUUCAUCAUGCACGUUGUUUGCAUGUGUGGAUGAAAAUGUUUGGCUUGUAUUUCAAAUAUGGUUGAUGAAUAUAUGUGGUAAUGGAGAUUAUGACAUCUUGUUUUCAAAUA